CGCAAAGUGCAAGAGUAGAAAGAGAAGAAACUUCCAUUCACAAUCAUUUCUAAAACCCUAGCAAAACCCCUUUCUCUCUUCUCUUCUUCAACCCAAAGCAAAAAUGGCGUUCAAUUCAAUCCUUCGUUCCAAGUCAAGCACUUUCGUUAGGGCUUUUUCUUCUGCGACUCAAUUGAUCAGAAAAACUCAACCGGGUCAUCGCGCCGUGCUUUCCGCCGCCGUCAAUCGAUACCAGGGUUCAUUUGUUCCUACGUUUCACUUUUCUUCUGUAUCUGUCAAAAACAAAGCCACCUCCGAUGAUAUUCUUCUCCGUUUCAUCGAAUCGGAAAUCACUUGUGCUCAGGAAACUGAUGAUUUCGGCGCUGGUGAGGAAGUUCCGAGCAAUUUCCCAUUUAAGAUAGUUGAUAAUCCAGGAAAUCAGACAAUAACACUUAAAAGGACUUAUCAAGGUGAAGAAAUUCAAGUUGAGGUUCACAUGCCUGAUUUGGUUACUGGUGAAGAACAUGAUCAUCAAGAUGAUGAUAAGGAUGAUGAGAGUGAGAGAGCAACUCAAUCAAGCAUUCCACUUUCAGUCAGUGUUUCUAAGAAGGAUGGGCCCUCUUUGGAGUUCAGUUGUGUUGCUUACCCUGAUGAGAUUGUUAUCGACAGCUUGUCUGUAAAGAAUCCUGAUUUUUCUGAUGAACAGAUUCCUUAUGACGGGCCAGAUUUUCAGGAUUUGGAUGAGGCAUUGCAAAAGUCAUUCCACAAGUACUUAGAAAUAAGGGGAAUCAAACCAAGCACAACAAAUUUCUUGCAUGAGUACAUGAUCAACAAGGAUAGUAGAGAAUACUUGGUGUGGUUGAAUAAGCUCAAGAAUUUCAUUAAAGCAUGAGCAUUGACAUGGUCUGAAGAAAUCACAGGAUACUCAAUUUUCAUUCUUAGGAGGAAAAUAAUCAGAUAUUGUGUCAUUAUGGUUUAGUGGUAGUUUCUACUUACUAUUUUAAAGGCACACUGGUUGAAAAUGUUAGCAUUUAUAUAUCCUUAGUAAGGGCUUUAUUAUAUCAUCUUUGUUUUUGGAAUUAGUUUUUGCAUUUAUAUACCUUUGUGAAUUAUUUUA